GAAAUUUCUGAGGCCUACAAAAUAAUAAUUUUCUUGCAUUUAGCUCGUUUGGACUAGAAAUUACACAAUGGCAUUGGCUGCAAACUAUAUAAGGAAGUCUGCAGAUGUUGUCGGUGUUGCAAGAAAUGGUAGAGCAACAGCUUCAAUCAUCUUUUUGCAUGGCUUGGGAGAUACAGGAAAUGGGUGGAGUUCCUUAAUUGAUGAAAUUCGUCCACCAUUCAUGCAAUUCAACUGUCCAACAGCUAAUACAAUGCCGGUGACAUUGAAUUUAGGAUUUCAGAUGCCUUCAUGGUUUGACAUUCGUUCAUUGGAAUUUGGAGGAACUGAGGAUGAAGCAGGAAUAAAGAGUGCAGCAAGCACUGUUCAUGGAAUGAUUAAUAAUGAGAUUAAAUCUGGAAUUCCAGCCGAUCGAAUUAUUCUCGGUGGAUUCUCUCAAGGUGGUGCAUUAGCAAUUUAUUCGGCACUUACUUAUCCUGAAAAAUUGGCUGGUGUUAUUGGACUGUCUUCAUGGCUACCACUUCAUUCAUCAUUUCCUGGUUCAAAAGUCUGUCCAGAUUCACUACCUGUACUUUUGUGCCACGGCGAUUCAGAUCCGAUUGUUAAUCAUAAAUUUGGGCAACUAAGUCAUUCAAUACUGAAGACUUUCUUAAAGUCCACUCAGUUAAAGACGUAUCGUGGACUUGCUCAUCAAAGUACUCCCCAAGAAAUAAGCGAUGUAAAGGAUUUCAUCGACCAAUGUGUUCCACAUCCUUAAACACAUCGUAUUACUAACAUAAAAUUCACAAUAUUUGCAAACACAAUUUUGAAAAGUGGAUACAAAAAUGAGUUAAUUUAGAGUGUGUAUGAAAGUUGUCAAGAUCUUUAUGUUGUUUGAAUAAUUGUGUCAAAAUGAAAAGAAUAUUCCUGCAAAUUUAUUAAAAAUACACAAAAAAAUCGCAUAUAUUUUUCUGAGAGAAUCCUUUCGACAAAUAAUUAAAAAUUAGAAACUAUAAUAUUUAAAUGAAAACUACCUUAAUUAAUAGAAAUAUUAAAUCAAUUACUGAGAGAAAUGAUUUAGUUUUGUGAUGUGGUGGAUUUGACUGUGAUGUGUGAAGUUGUGGACACUGACAGUGAGUUUGAAGAUUUCUUAUAGUCCUGCCAAUGCAUUUUAGAGGCUUUUAAUUAAUUUUGCAAUGUAGAUCAACGUUUUGUUAUAAACAUAAUAUAGUAAAUCAAAGGUUGUAGAAUACUUCAAUUUUAAUCACUUAAUGUAGUUGGAUUUUUGAUUUCUGGUUGAUAAGAAGCUUAAACUGGCUUUAUGUAAGAAUUUUCUUUAAUUUUAAGAAGUUUGAGGCAUCUUUGAAAUGCUUUUGAGGCCUAAUUUUCUAUAAUUUUAAAUAUCUGUUCCAAUAUUCCAUAGGAAAUCACCAAAAAUGUUGAUUCACACCGCACUAAGACAGCUUUAUUCCACAAUUCAUCUCUCUCAAGUCAAUCCAUCCCAAAUUUUCUCUUUAAAGUGAAGUAUACAGUGGCUUUUUUAUGGUUGAUAAUUUAAAAGAAGAAGAAUCAAUUUUUUGAAAUUCUAAAAUUUGAGUGCUG